AUGGAGUUCAUCUUCAUCAAUGCUAUCAUUCUCCUCAUUUGUUCAACCAUCUUCCUAGCACCAAUGAACAAUGCAAUAGAUGAUGAGCUUGCUCUUCUUGCCUUCAAAUCAACGAUAACUGUUGAUCCAUCUCAAGCAAUGGCCUCAUGGAACUCUUCUCUUCAUUUCUGUGAGUGGCUAGGAGUGACUUGCAGCCACCGGCAUCCUACCAGAGUCACCGGAAUAAGCCUUGAAGGUUUUGGACUCUCCGGCGAAGUCUUGACGUCAUUAUCGAACCUCACAUUCCUCCAAAGGCUUCAUCUUCCAAACAACAACCUUCAUGGACACAUACCACAAGAGUUGGAUAGCAUCCCUUAUUCUGUAGGACAACUCCCUUUAGCCUUCCUUAAUCUAACUCACAACAAUCUUGAAGGUUUCAUUCCAUCUUCAUUCCAAAAUCUCACUUCUCUCAUGCACUUUGAUGUGUCUUACAACAACCUCACUGAGGGGGUACCUUUCUUCACUUUCCACUCUAGCUCUCACAGACAAACACUUUCUCCUGGAGCCAUUCCUUCCUCUAUCGGAACUCUUCCAAACCUCUACGCACUUGCUCGUCCCAUAAUAGUCUUUCGGGCACAAUCCCUUCGUCUCUUUACAACCUUUCAAGUAUCAAUUACUUGGGAGUUGGCGACAAUCUUUAACAGGAACAAUCCCAUCGGAUAUAGGCAAUACACUUCCCGGACUCAAGACAAUUUAUAUGUACUUCAACCCGAGUUACACGGUCCGAUACCGAUGUCGGCCAAUGCAACAGGACUUGAAGACAUUGAGCUCACUGGAAACAACUUCACUGGAGUGAUCCCUUCCAAUCUUGGGACCUUGCAAAAAUCUAUACUUUGGUUGACUCUCGAUCGAAACCAGUUUGAAGCUAACAAUGCCGAUGAUUGGAGUUUCCUUGACUCUUUAACUAACUGCAGUAAUCUCCAUGUAAUAUCUGCUACCUUGUUGACCGUUGACUGA